UUUUUUCACUUCUAUCAACUUUAUAUUCUCUAUCGUCUCUAUCUCUGCACCUCUUUCUUCUCUUUUCUCUUGUCCAUUUAAUUCUAACCUCAUAUUCUCCCAUCCCUCAACCUCUUUCUUCAACCUAUUUAUAUAAACGUCAAUAUUCUUUUAUUUACCUCUUCCCUUUCCUCUUUUUCUUUUUCUUUUUCUUUUUCUUCGUCUGCAAGUCUAAAUCACUCCUCACCUCCAGGUUUAUAUAAGCACUUGAUUCACCGACUUGGUCUCUUUUUGUUUUUCGAUUUCAAUUAUUCAUCCCUUGAUUCAAUUAUCUCAAUUCAAUUAAGUCAAUUCAAUUCUAUAUUCUUUAUCUUAUUACACUCUACUUCUCCAAUUUAAUUGUUUCAAAAUGUUUUCCUCCAAAUACAUGAUCAAAUCAACUGUUAACAACAGAUUUUUGCAAACCACCUUAAAAUCAAAAUCCUUCACCACCUCUGCUUUCUUAAGAUCUGGUGCCAUCAUGAAUGACAACAUCAGACCUGAAGCUGAUGUUGUUUUGAAGGAUAUCUCCUCUUAUAUCCACGACUACAAAAUUGACUCCAAAUUGGCCUAUGACACUGCAAGACUUUGUUUCCUUGACACCUUGGGUUGUGGUUUAGCUGCUUUAAAAUACCCAAACUGUGCUAACCUCAUUGGCCCAACUGUCCCAGGUACCGUCGUUCCAAAUGGUUCCAGAGUCCCAGGUACUCCUUACGUCUUGGACCCAAUCAGAGGUGCUUUCUCCAUUGGUGCCAUUAUUCGUUGGUUAGAUUUCAAUGACUGUUGGUUAGCCGCUGAAUGGGGUCAUCCUUCUGACAACUUGGGUGGUAUCUUAGCUGUUGCCGACUACUUGACCAGAACCUACAAGGCCACCAACGGUAAAGAAGGUAAAUUAUUCAAAGUCAAAGAUGUUCUUGAAGGUAUGAUCAAGGCCCACGAAAUCCAAGGUUGUUUGGCUUUAGAAAACUCUUACAAUGGUGUCGGUUUAGAUCACGUCUUGUUAGUCAAAGUUGCUACCACCGCUGUUGUCUCCAAAAUGUUAGGUUUAACCUACGAACAAACCAUUGAUGCUGUCUCCCACGCCUUUGUUGAUGGUCAAGCUUUAAGAACUUACAGACAUGCUCCAAACACCAUGUCCAGAAAAUCCUGGGCUGCUGGUGAUGCCUGUUACAGAGCUGUCAACUUGGCUUACCACGUCAAAAACGGUGAAACUGGUAUGCCAUCUGCCUUAACCGCCAAAACUUGGGGUUUCUACGAUGUCUUAUUCAAGGGCAAACCUUUCGAAUUCCAAAGACCUUAUGGUUCCUAUGUCAUGGAAAACGUUCUUUUCAAGAUUUCCUUCCCAGCUGAAUUCCACGCUCAAACCGCUGUCGAAGCUGCUUUAACUCUCCACAACAAAUUGAAAUCCUUAGGCAAGACCUCUGACGAUAUUGCCUCUGUUGUCAUCAAGACUCAAGACGCCGGUAUGAGAAUCAUCGACAAGAAGGGUCCAUUAUACAACUACGCUGACAGAGAUCACUGUAUCCAAUAUAUGGUUGCCAUCCCAUUGAUCCACGGCAGAUUAACCGCCGAUGACUACUCUGAUGAAAUUGCUGCCAAUCCAAAGAUCGAUGAAUUACGUUCAAAAAUGGAAUGUGUUGAAAACCAACAAUUCACUGUCGACUACCACGACCCAGCUAAGAGAUUCAUUGGUAACGCUUUAACCAUCACCCUUAAAGAUGGCACUGUCUUGGACGAAGUUGAAGUCAACUACCCAAUUGGCCACAGAAAACGUAGAGAAGAAGGUAAACCAGUCUUGUUGGCCAAAUUCGAACGUCAUGUCAAAGAACACUUCAAAGACGAUGCCAAAGUCAAACAAAUCCUUGAAAAGAGUUACGAUGCUGACUUAGACAACACCGACAUUGAUGAAUAUGUUGCCUUAUACUCAACUGCUUAAUUUUAGGCACCAACCUCAACGAAACAACAAUAUUCUUUUCUUGAUUACUCUCACUUUUUAUAUUUAAAAAUUCCUUAUUUUGUAAUGAUCUCCCUACUUAACGUUAUAUAGAUGACUUAAUUGAAUUUUAUCUUGUAUGUUUAACUCUUCUUCAAAUUUAAUUAUUGGUCUUUUUAGUCUUCUC